AUGGCCCCGAGUGACGGGGUGACAUCACUGUCCAUUUUAAUACUCGUACCGAAACUGCGACGCCACGCGACGGGGACGUGUGAGUUCGAAUAUCCUCGUACGACCGACGAAGGCCACUUUCUCCAGUCCGGUUCUGAGAACGGUGCCACGAAACGAACUGGUUGCUCUGCAAGACAACGACAGUCGGUUAUCGCUCGAACAAAUCUCGUUUCAGCCGUGAUUACGCCGAUGGUACCGGUAGCAUAUUCGCUCAGCAGGGCGUCGAACGAAAUCCCUGUUCUACCGACCGACCAACCGACCUACCAACUGACCGAUCGGUACGCCUACAGGAAUUCUGUGCGUUUCAAAAUUCCUGCAUUCACAAACACCUGUUUGCCAGCUCCAGCCUUCUUUCUGGACGUCACCCUCGGUUUUCUUAGUGCUUGCUCAUCGCUUCGUGUCGCGAAACCGGCUUUUUCAGACCUAGUCGUUUCCCGGAUGACCAAAGGCGGCGAGGGGUGUUGGGGAACUGAGACAGACUACGAAAACUCGCCGAUCAGAACCUGCUUCAUGCAAUCUGACAGCUGGUGUGGCAGCAGCGAGACGGCGGCUGAUGAAGAGGUGCGCGAUGAUUGCCACGGUACUAAUUGGAAAAUUGGAGUUGAUACUCUUUCUGAACGAAAGAGAGUGAAAAAUUUGAACAUUUACUCACUCGGGCUCAAAGAGCAGAAGCUAUCUCAUGAGGUCGCCAGUUACCGACUGGAUAAUGUUGGACCCGUCGCCAUGGCUAUGGAAUUCUGA